AUGUCUGCGUCCAAGGCGCCGGAUUUCGAUCUCGUUCUCGCGCAGGUACCAACUGCUUUCAUUUAAUCUUUUAUUUUUACUUUCUGGUUUUUAGGUCGGCGAUUACGGUACUUACCAACUCGUAUUCUUCUUUAUUAUCUGUCUUCCCGCAAGUUUACCUUCCGCGUUUUCGGGUAGGAAACAGAAUGAAAGAGCGCGCCAAUACCGUUAAUUCAAAACCACAUAUCUUAGCUGUUUGUGGAGAUAUCAAAAAAUUGUCAACUGAUAAAAUGUGCACAAUGUGUUGGUGAGUAAUUUGUCAAUUGGCUACUUCUUGAUAACUUCAAGCACAGCUGAGAUAUAUCGUUUUGAAUGAACGGUACUCGGGUGCUCUUCUAUUACAGUAAAUAUCAAUAUUUAUGUUUUUCAGCGUUCAACAUCCCGUUCGUGGUGGGAAAUCCUCCGCAUUCAUGUCAUAUUCCUGCCGGGAAAGAGUACCUGAGACCACUCACAAAUGAUACUGUAAGCUCAAGCUAGACUUUUGUAUCAAAACAUUACGAUUAGUAGUCUCCUCAAAAGAUCCGAUUUUCAGGAAACUCUUUCCUGCAAACAGUACAACGAAACCCAGAUUGACGUCUUCAGAGCGUUCACUUCAGCACCAGUUGAUACUUACAGGUAGCUAUACUGUUUAUUCAACACGAUAUAUCUCAGCUAGCAGUAAGGAUAUCGAAAAGUGAUGAACUUAUAAAAUGUUCACGAAGAAAUGUUGUAUAUUUUGUUAGUUGACAACGUUUUUAUAUCUCCACAGACAGCUGAGAUAUGUAGUCUCGAAUAAACGACGAAUGUGUAUCUUCUACCCCUCGCCUUUCAAUUCGAUUUCAGCGACCGAAUCGACUUGGUCCCGUGUCAGAACGGCUGGGAUUACGACAACUCGACGUACCUGGACAGUCUCGUCACCGAGUUCAACCUGGUGUGCGAGCAGCAAGCGUGGGUCGAGAUCUCGACCACCUCGUUCUACGUGGGCAGCUUCAUCGGCAACUGUCUCUUCGGAUACAUUGCCGAUAAAUUCGGCCGACGACGUUCUUUCUUCGUCAUUCUGAUUGUGUUGGUCGUGUGUGGAACUGCGAACGCAUUUGCAAAGGAUAUCGAAUCGUUCAUCAUUUUGCGAUUCUUCACCGGCCUCGCGUUUCCGGCACUUUUCCAGAUUCCGUUCAUUAUCUGUAAGCUGUUUAGAGUUGGCGUGGAUCCGCUUUCUUCACUCAAUACUGUUCAGGUAUGGAGUUUAUGGGAAACUCGGGCCGAAUCUUCUCGGGUCUCAUGAUUUCGCUCUUCUUCGGCGCUGCGAUGGCACUGCUGGGAGUCGUGGCGAUGCUCAUCAGAAGGUACAUGCUUCAGAAGCGCUAGUCAAUGUUCAUGUGAAUCCCCAGAUGGCGUCAACUGACAUUCUUCUGCAAUGCCCCCUUCGCAGUCCUCUUCUGCUACUAUUUCUUCCUUCCCGAGUCGCCGCGAUGGUCAGUUUCGAUGGGAAAAUGGGAAAAUGCAAAGGCGCAGCUGAAGAAGAUCGCGAAAAUGAACGGGAAAACGGAUGUGGACGUGGAUGAGCUGGUGGACAGGGUAAGAGGGGUUUCGGAAUGAGAAAAGAAAAGUUUGCGACGUUUCAGAUUAAGAAUCAUCAGAAUGCGGCGGAGGAAGAGGAGACGAAGAGGAGUCACAACGUGACGGAUCUGUUCAAGACACCCAACUUGAGAAAGAAGACCAUCAUUGUCACUUAUAUCUGGUCAGUCGGUCACUAUUUUUUGAAACAACAUUCAAGACGACAUACCUCAGCAACUGAUGGAGAUAUCAAAAAGUUGUUAACGAAUAAAUUGCUCGUUAAAGCAUUGUGCACAUUUUAUCAGUGGACAAGAUUUUGAUAUCUUCACAAGUAGCUGAGAUACAUCACUUUGAAUACACGCUAUUACAGUUCUUACGGUAACUGAAAGAUUCUCUCUCCCAGGGUGAUGAACGCGAUAAUCUACAACGGUCUGACCCUCAACGUCUCCAAUCUGCCCGUCGAUGACUACUGGAGCUUCAUCAUAAACGGCGCCGUCGAGCUGCCCGGCUACUUCGUCGUCUGGCCUCUUCUCCAGUGCGCCGGACGUCGUUGGACCCUCGCGGCGACCAUGAUCGUGUGUGGAAUCGGCUGUGUCUCCGCCAUGUUCGUCCCGGACGGUUAUCCGUGGCUCGUGGCCAGCGCCUCUUUCAUCGGCAAGUUCGGAGUCGGCGCUGGGUUCGCAGUCAUCUACAUUUUCGCCGGAGAGCUCUAUCCGACUGUCGUCAGAGCCAUCGGAAUGGGAAUGAGCAGUAUGGUCGCCGGGUCCGGCCUCUUGCUGGCUCCGCACAUUGUUAAACUGGUGGGACCUUCAAACUGCACUAAUAUAUUUUAUUCUGUUAUUUCAGGGUCAAUAUGUCAAAAUCUUGCCCCUAAUGAUAAUGGGUUUGAUGGCGUUGUCUGCGGGAAUUCUGACAUUCUUCCUGCCCGAAACUCUCGGCGCACCUCUCCCAAUGACCAUAGAAGACGCUGAAAACUUUGGUUUGUUCUGUAAAACCCUAAAAUCUCAGAAUACUGACGAGUUCUUCAGGUAAAAAGCCGACUCCGGACAGCGGAAUGUUCACGCAGGCUGCCAAGAAACGGGAGAGUCAGCCGCUUUUGGAACCGCACACGCCGACGGAGAGGAAAAGAAGAGGCAGUCGGCUGAUGAACAUUUGA